AUGAUUACUGGUAGUAAUGUUCUGAUUAUAAAUGAAGUAAAAUCUUUUCUGCACAAAAAGUUUAAAAUCAAGGAUUUAGGACCCCUAAAGUAUUUUCUUGGUCUAGAGGUUUUGAGAUAUGAACAUGGUAUAAUUCUCAGUCAGAGAAAGUAUGCCAGUGAGAUUGUUGAUCAAACAGGUUUGGAUGAGGGACAAGCUGUUACAACACCUAUGGAACAAAAUUUAAAACUCACAGCACAAGAGACAAGAGAUGAUCAUUAUAUUGAAGACUUUGGAGUCUAUAGAAGACUUGUUGGUAAGCUCUUGUAUUUGACCUUGACCAGACCUGAUAUCUCCUUUACUGUGCAGGUAUUAAGCCAAUUUAUACAAGAACCCAAGGAGUCUCACUUGAAGGCAGCAUUGCGGCUAGUCAAAUAUAUUAAGGAUAGUCCAGGACGUGGGAUACAUCUCUCAUCCCAUGGCUCUUUUGACCUGGAAUGCUUUUGCGAUUCAGAUCAUGGGAGCUGCACAGAUUCGAGGAGGUCUGUGACUGGAUUUCUGAUCAAGUUUGGAGGUUCUCUUGUUUGCUGGAAAUGUAAGAAACAGAGUACCGUUUCUAUAUCUUCAGCAGAGGCAGAGUACAGGGCUCUAAGAAUGGCAGCAGCGGAGAUCACAUGGCUUGUAGGACUAAUAAAAGAAUUACAAGUUCAUGGCGUUGAACCUGUAAAAGUACAUUGUGACAGCCAAUCUGCCAUUCAUAUAGCCUCAAACCCUGUUUUUCAUGAGAGGACCAAACAUAUAGAGAUAGAUUGCCAUUUUGUAAGGGAGAAGCUCUUAGCUGGAAUGAUAAUAUUCAGGCAUGUUAGAUCUGAAGAACAACUGGCAGAUAUCCUGACAAAAGCUCUUGGAGGACCACAACAUGAAUAUAUUUUGAGCAAGUUAGGAACCUGUGAAUAUAGAGUUCCUAACUUGAGGGGGGGUGUUAAACAUAUUCAUUGUUGUGAUUUAAUUGGGUAG